AUGUCGCACAUAAAGAGUUCAAUAGUGUGUAAGAAGGCAUGUACAUAUAUAUGUAUCUCAACAAGGAGCACGGAUUGUGCAACGAGACAUACACUUCCUCGUUUAACCUAAGAAAGAAUUCAUUAAUUACAUCUUUUCAACAAAAUUGCCAUGCUUGUGGGAUUGUGUGAAAAAAAUUGAAUUCCAGGCAAUUUUGGCUUCUGCAGGUAAUUCAGCCUUUUUUUUUUUUUAAUUGGUAAUUUACAGUUUCGUUAAUUGAUUACUAACAAAUUGUAUCUGUGCAAAUUUAUAUUUUUAGGUAGGUAUUGUAACAAACCGAAUAUAAAUGGACAAUAAAUGUAUAUAUAGAAUAUUUACUGCAACAAAUAUUCUGUUGCAAGUAUUUUAUAUAUAUUUCUGCGUAUUACGUGCGAUGUGAAAAUUCGUUGUAUCGGUCUCGUGUAAUAACGUCAUAUCUUGUCAGUAAGUACGAAUUAAUCGAAAAUUUGAGAAUUGUUCAAAAUCUGUUCUUUAUUAUAUAAUUCUUCGAAUAUUUACAAAUGUCUCUCGAAAAUGAGGUGAUUAAAUAGGUUUUCACGUUUAGUUUUAUUUAUAUUUUUAUUAUACGUUGAAACAUCGGUUAUGUAAGGAAACUUGACGUUUCAUCAUUGAGACGGUCUUAUUCAUCAUUUGUGCGAGAGAACAAUUGUAACCUCGGUUAUCGACGUUCGCGCGGUAAAUUGUCUCAUUUCUCGCGAUAAAUUCUCCACGUCCGUGAAAUCUAGAGGUAGAAUUGAUGAUUAAUAACAUUUCCAUUUUAGAAUUUGUUUCUUGCUAAGUCGCAGUUCUUCACGAAGAACGAAAGAGUUACCCUCAUAAUAUCCUCGUAGAAAUGAAACAGUCGAAGACUCGACAAUGACCAGAAAAAUCAAUCGGUACCACGAGAAGUAUGUUUUUCUUUUUUUAAUUAUCAUCGAACUGAAAGCCGGUGUCGCGCGGUGCAGAAUCUUUUAGCACUAUAUGUCAACGUGUUGUAUAGGUUCUUGCAGGAGUGCAGAAAACGAAUGGUAGUGAUGUCGAGGCGACGAGGACACCGAGAUGCUGCUUUCAAGCAUAUAGAUUUAGCCUGGAAUAGAGUAGCGCCGCUUUAACCGGCCAUCGGUCGAGAUAUUCAGUUCAUCCAGUUAAAUGAAAUCUCGAGUAUCUCUCUUGUCAGUGGAGAAUGAAUGAAAUACGAAUACACGCGUGUUUAUGACACAUUUGUUUAUUUUAUAUAUAUGUGUGUGUGUGUGUGUGUGUGUGUGUGUAUGUAUGUAUGUAUGUAUGUACACACACAUGUACAAAGCACGCUUCAUGAAGCAGGAAAGCGGGGAUAGCAACGGCCAGUUAACGAGGCAAAAUCCUAGCCAGUUAAUGCGGCACUGUUCCACCACACCACACGUGUUAACAAUGGAAUAGAAGGAACCUUUGAAUUUCUGGGACACGCGAAAAAAAAAGCCGCCUAUUGUCUGAAAUUCCCCUGUUUGUAAUUCUUACAGUAUUUCACAUAGGCGAACGUUGCGUUAUCGAUUGCUUUAUCGUGCCUGUUCGCGUUCUUCGUGCGUUCAGAAACGUCCAACAGAGUUUCGUGUACAAUCAUUAGACCUACCUAUCAAUCAAUUUAUCAUUCAGAUCGUCGAUUAGAUUUACGAAUGGCUAUUUCUAGAAUAUCUGAACUUUUAUUUUCACAUUUCAUUGAUGCAAAGCAAAGAGGAAGCUGUCAGAGAAUUCUUCCAAGUUUUCAGACAUAAUUUUUUAAUACGAGUAACGAAAUUAUUCGAAACUGAAAAUUCAAGGGAAGAAAAGGGUCGAAUGUCCAUUGUUAGUAGGUGUACGUACAUGCAUCACUAUCCCUGCACACUUACGUCAUAGUUACCCUGUGUGCAGGCCGGUGCACGUAACGGCCCUUACCACGUAAAGCGCUGCAGCAGCGGCAGCGGCGGCGGCGGCAACGGCGGCAGCAGCAGCAGCAGCAGCAGCAGCCCGUCCUCCUUUCUUCGUGUACAUAUCAUUCUUAGUGGAGGGGAUGAGAUUGGUGGCAUUUCAGUGACGUCAGAGUCGAUCGUCAGGCGCAAACUGGGGGUUUGCGCCCACCAUACUACGUGGCCGCCGUUGGUUUGGCCGACGAUGGCGAACACGGCGGGGACAACGGUCGACGGUAUCGACGUCGGCGAGAACGACGGCACGACAGGUGUAACCGGUGGCGGGCCUAGGAAUCCCCUCAUCUGCGGCGUCUGCCACGACUAUUACAACGAGCCCUGUCUGCUGUCCUGCUUUCACACCUUUUGUGCCCGCUGCAUCCGCGGCCCUCAUCUUGAGGGAAAGGUCUCCUGUCCCAUCUGCGGGCAACAGACCCAGCUGAAAGAUGGAGCACAACUACCACCCCCCGAUCAGCUGAUACGUCAACUAGUCGAAUUGGCAAACUCUGAGAAUCCACCAUGUGCCAACUGUGAUAAACGUGACAAGUCUACUAUGUUUUUUUGUACAACAUGUGGCCAAGCACUGUGUACACACUGCAGAGAACACACCCACCGUGCAAAGAUGUUCUCGACGCACGAGGUACUGCAUAUGAGCAAAUGCGCCAAGGAUACCCAACGACGUUGCCCGACUCACGGGGAACAGUAUAUAAUGUAUAGUCAAAGUGCCAAGUGCAUGCUCUGCGCUACUUGUUUUCGUGACACUCCUGCAGAUGCGAGGCUUCACUGCGUCGACAUUGAAAGUGCCUGGCAGCAGGCGUCGAAGAAGAUGGAGAGGGCUGUUAAUUCUAUCUGUGAGCUGCAAGCUGGCGUGCGGGAUGGAGUGUUAGCUUUAAAAUCGCAACUGGACGAGCUACGACAUAGUUUGGAUUCCGAAAAGAGGGCGUUGAAUUCCUUCUGUCAGGGAAUGCAGGAGACCAUAACGAAGACACACGGCAGUGCUUUGACGGAAUUGCAACGACAGUUUGAAACGAAGGAGAGGAUGGUUCGCAGCCAAUUGCUUUCGCUAGGUAGCGCGCUUCCUGUGCUGCAGAUGCAUUUGAUGCUGUGCACCGCGUUCACCAGCGGCGCGACGAAAUAUCAGUUUCUCGAACUAGCCCAUCCGAUGUUGGAACGACUAAGUCGAGUCGCACAAUUAGGAUAUCCAUCAAGGCCGCCUCUAUUGACCGCGCAUUUAAAGUCCAACUAUAAGAACGAAUUCGCUCGCGCGUUGCAACCGUACGUGGGUCAGACGCAAACCCAAAAGGAAUCGUUGUACGAUCAAACUCAAACGAUGGCUCAACAGGAUCCGCCAGUGAUUCAGAGCAGCAAGUCUGCUCAGAGGAUUGCGGGGCCCAAGAGCGGGACCGACGGUGGACCGUUUUCCAGUCACUGCCGAACAUUUGAUACUCAGCUGAAGGAAUUGAAUCAACAGUUGCUCACUGUAAAGGAACGUUUAGGCGAGUUACACCGCGAUGUGGCAUUUCUCAGAAGAGCUAACACACCUCCGUUGGGCACGCGUUACGAACAGGUGGCGAGGGAUUGUCGAGUGCUGGAACAACAAUUAGAACACUAUCAGAUGGAACUAGAACGUCUUAGAAACGUGUUUGACACACUUUGGGACGAACAGUUAUGUAGAAUUCACAUAGAAAAAGAAAUAUUUCAUUCGCAGAUGAACGAUAUCCUAUCGUUGAGAAGUCAGGUAAAACAAUUGCAGAAUCUUGCUCAACAAUUAGAACCGUUCAUAAAAUCAUUCGCAACUGGGGUUAACGCUGGCGAAGUGAGCAUGACAGCCUCCGAUGCAGCCAGUAAUCAGCAUUUGCAGAUGUUACUGGACCACUUGGCACGUUUACAAACGCAGGAGCCACCGCAACCGCAAACUCAAGCUCCGACGAAGGAUCAUCGACAUUCGCGUACUACUACCAGUGCGGAUAACGCGCUUUAUAUGAAAGAAACGAAGGAGGUACCGACACGUUGUCGCACUCCUUCCGGUGUUGGGGCUGUCCUGGAUUCGAGCGGAAACAUCGUUGUGUAUGGGACGGCUAAAUCUUCGGAUCCGAAAAGAGGAGUGCUUAGCCAAUUGAUCGAAAAAGCUAGAAGUAAGGAAGAUCGUAAGAAGUCACCGGGAAGAGAGGAAAGUCGCGAUCGUAGCCAAAGUCGACGACCGAGGAAGUCUCCCGAUAGUACGAAGCCCAAGACACCGCCUGGUCAUUGGUCUGCCAGCAAAGUACGAUCUUUGUAUCGAUCUCUGAAGGGUGGUAGUGGAGAUAAUUCUGCCGAGGGACUCGAUCAACCGGAAAGGUGUACGGAUUCCCAGCAACCACAGUCGCACACGGCUGCGGGUGAGGAAGGAGAGUAUCAACGAAUUUCGGAGGCGUCCAGUACGGGAGAGGUGAAGAAACGCGUCCAGGCUCAGGUACACGCAGUUCCUGACGAGCAAUCGAUUUCUGCAAGCAAGGGAACCAAGGUGUAUCCGGCCAGCGACUCGGAGGACGUGUUCUAUGCGGACGAGAAGACGGAGGUGAGGAGGCGGCGACGUGCGAGCUGCGACAGCCUAAGUACGACCGGCUCGGGAAGCAGGCGAUCGAGUAUCGUCGAUGGGACGGUAGGUCAAUCCGCGCAGGAUCCCAGGAAAACAAUGGUUCUUUUGAUCGGGCCUACACCGAAGUCGUCGUCUCUGGUGCAGAAGCAGCGUUCCUGGGAAACGUUUCCUCGGCCGAAAAGCAAACGCAGCGUAACAGCCAGCGAGGGUGGUGCUUCAUCUCUCAGCCAGCUGAAGAAAACGGACAGUUUUGAAGGGCAUGAGGAAACUGUGAGAACGCUGGUGGCGGCCGUGCAGGAGACGAGGUCGCAUCUGCAUCAUCGUCACGCGCAUCACCAUCGCCAUCAC